CAACAUGCACUAGGCCAUCUCUUCAACCCAUUCAACCAUUCAUAGUACUCUUCUUCUCCAUGGCCAUGGUUCCCCUCCACAUACUACUCGGCCUUCUGCUCCUCUUGCAAGCUACUCCUCCAUGCUCCUCGGCAAGUGGCGAUACUCUCGCCGCGGGCCAGGUGCUCACCGUCGGGGACAAGCUCAUCUCAGCAAACGGCAGGUUUGCGCUCGGCUUCUUCCAGUUUCCGCCACCAAGUAACACUACUGUUAGCAAGCCCAACACCACCACCUCCACUUCCCCAAGCUCCAACUGGUACCUUGUCAUAUGGUUUUACAAGAUACCAGUUUUUACUACCGUGUGGGUCGCCAAUAGGGACGACCCAAUCGUCGACCCCAAACCCAACCUCACACAGCUCAAAAUCUCAAGCGAUGGCAACCUUGUCAUCAUACAUGAUGAUGUUGUAAUCUGGUCCACUCGUGUUGUAAAAAACAAUAGGACACAAACCAACAGCAUAAACACCACCAGUGUAGUCCUCAUGGACAGUGCAAACCUAGCCCUCACAUCAUCAUCUGGACAACGGUUAUGGGAAAGCUUCGACUACCCAACAGAUGUUGUGCUCCCUGGUGCCAAAUUUGGCUGGAACAAGGUCACCGGUUUGAACCGUCGGGCAAUCUCAAGAAAGAGCAUCAUUGAUCCGGGGCUUGGCUCAUAUAGCAUCGAGCUAGAAACCAAUGGAACCGGGAUAGUCCUCCAGCGCCGCAAACCCUCCGUUGUGUAUCGGGUUUAUGCGCCUGAAACAUCAGAGAUAUUGAAACUUUUGCCGAGAAUCCAGAAGAUUCUACAACUGGAUCCACAGACAAAAGAUUUGAUUAUCCCACAUUAUAACAAUACCAGAGAAGAGGAGUACUAUAUGUACACCUCCCUAGAUGAAUCAUCCUCCUCAUUUCUCUCACUAGACAUCUCUGGUCAAAUCAAGCUGAAUAUCUGGUCACAAGCCAAUCAAUCUUGGCAAGCUGUAUUUGCCGACCCUGUUGAUGUCUGCACCCCAGCUGCAACCUGCGGACCUUUCACGUUAUGCGACGCCAAUGCGCAACCACCAUGUGAUUGCAUGGAGAACUUCUCUAAGAAGUCGCCACAACAUUGGGCGUUUGGUGAUCGAACACAUGGGUGCAUCAGAAAUACACCGCUAUAUUGCACCAGUGGCAAGAACACAACAACUUCGACAGACAUGUUCCACCCAAUUGCCAAAGUUACAUUGCCCUACAACUCGCAAAGUGUAAACCUUGCUACCACUCGUAGUAAGUGUGAGGAAUCUUGUCUCAGCUCGUGCUCCUGCACGGCUUAUUCCUAUAGCAAUAGCAAUUGCUCUGUCUGGCAUGGGAAACUGCUUGCUGUAAGUCUCAGUGAUGGCCUUGAAAUUAGUUCUGAAGAUAUUCUUUACCUGCGCCUUGCCGCCAAAGAUCUGCCAAGUUUGGGAAAAGACAAAAGAAAACCAAAUGUUGGAGUUGUUACUGCUGCAAGCAUUAGUAGUUUUGGGUUACUAAUUCUCAUGUUGUUGUUAGUGAUUUGGAGGAAAAAACUUGGGUGGUGUGGUUCCCCUUUAUAUGGCAACCAAGGCCCUAGUGGGUUAAUCGCGUUUAGGUACACUGAUUUAGUUCAUGCUACAAAAAACUUCUCUGAAAAGUUGGGAACAGGUGGUUUUGGUUCUGUAUAUAAGGGAGCACUAAGUGACUCGACUACUAUAGCAGUAAAAAGGCUUGAUGGUGCCCGCCAGGGGGAGAAGCAAUUCAGAGCUGAGGUGAGCUCAAUUGGACUGAUUCAACAUGUUAACCUAGUCAAAUUGAUUGGCUUCUGUUGCCAAGGUGAUAACAGAUUACUUGUGUAUGAGCAUAUGUUUAAUGGAUCUCUUGAUGGACAUCUAUUUAAGAGCAAUGCCUUUGUCCUGAAUUGGGACAUUAGGUACCAAAUAGUCCUAGGAAUCGCUAGAGGACUAUCCUACUUGCAUCAGAGUUGUCGCGAGUGCAUCAUACACUGCGAUAUUAAGCCAGAGAACAUACUGCUCAAUGCAUCAUUUUCUCCUAAAAUUGCAGACUUUGGGAUGGCAGCUUUUGUGGGCAGGAACUUUAGUCGAGUAUUGACUACAUUCAGAGGAACUGUGGGUUAUCUUGCCCCAGAAUGGCUUAGUGGAGUUGCUAUCACACCCAAAGUUGAUGUUUACAGCUUUGGCAUGGUACUGUUUGAGAUCAUAUCAGGAAAGAGAAAUUUACCUGAAACAUGUACUGGUAGCGGUGCCGGCGAUCAUGUUGAAUAUUUCCCUCUGCAAGUCAUCAGCAAGCUUUGUGGGGGAGAUAUGCAGAGUUUGGUCGAUCCACAACUACAUGGUGACUUUGAUUUGAAACAGGCUGAGAGGGUUUGCAAAGUGGCGUUAUGGUGCAUCCAAGAUGACGAGUCUGAUCGACCGACGAUGGGUGAAGUGGUUCGGGUUCUCGAGGGUCUCCAGGAGAUCGACAUGCUUCCGAUGCCAAAGCUACUUGCAGCUAUAACUGGACGCCCUAAUGGAACUUCAGUGUAAUGAUCUAGAAAUGUAUCUGCAAUCAAUGUUGUACUAAUAUUUGUUUCAGCAAAACUUGGAGUUGCAUUGUGUACUAGAAAGAAUAAAAGAAGGCAGGCAAGCUUGCAAUUACUAAUAAAUUGUCACUUAACUGAUAUAUGUACAUGGAUCCAUCAAACUAGCUGAUUGUUCACUCAUUCGA